AUGACUACACCACAAGUGAAGACCGGUUUGUUCGUUGGAUUGAACAAAGGACACGUCGUCACCAGACGUGAAUUGGCUCCUCGUCCCAAUUCCCGCAAAGGGAAAACGAGCAAGAGGACACUUUUGAUCAGAGGCUUGAUAAGGGAAGUAGCUGGAUUUGCUCCUUAUGAGAAGAGAAUCACUGAGCUUCUCAAGGUUGGCAAAGACAAGAGGGCUCUUAAGGUUGCUAAGAGGAAGUUGGGUACUCACAAGAGAGCCAAGCGAAAGAGAGAGGAGAUGUCUGGUGUUCUCCGCAAAAUGAGGUCUGGUGGUGGAGUCUCUGAGAAGAAGAAGUAA